GUGCUGCCAAUCAGUGCCACCUAUCAGUGCCAGUCAGUGCCACCUAUCAGUGCCAUCAGUGCCGCCUAUCAGUGCCACCUAUCAGUGCUGCCUAUCAGUGCCAUAUAUGAGUGCUGCCUUUCAGUGCCCAUCAGUGAUGCCUGUCAAUGCCCAUCAGUGCCACCUACCAGUGCCUCCUCAUCAGUGCCACCUAUCAGUGUCCAUCAGUGCAGCCUAUCAGUGCCCAUCAGUGCAGCCUCAUUAACGCACAUCAGGAGAAAAAUCACUUAUUUACAA